AUGGUUCACAAGCUUGGGUAUGGAAACUGGGAUGAAUUGAAAACUGCAUUUAGAACAUCACCUUUGUUCAGAUUUGAUUGGUUUGUUAAGUCACAAAUCACUCAAGAGCUUGCAAGGAGAUGUGAUACUCUCAUUCGAUUGGUGGAGAGGGAAAAUCAAUGUCUCAAACUCGAACAUUCUGAUCGUGGAGUCAAUUGGGCAGCAUUCCAUCCCACUCUUCCUCUUAUUGUUUCUGGACCUAGUGAUUGCCAAGUCAAGAUCUGGCGCAUGAACGAUAUGUGUCUUUACAAGGUAGUUCAUUUGUUGGUAAGCUUUUAA